GUCGUCAGAUUUGGAAAGCGGGAUAGAAGGUAGAAGCAAACGAGUUGAGAAUUCCAAAGCCCGCCCCUCUCUCUCUCUACGACUUUGUCGUCAAUGGCUUCCUCUUCGUGGUCUCUGGAGAUCGCCGGAGGAGCAAGCAAGCCGGUGUGCUUCGGUCGCGACCUCCCGCAGAGGACACGCCGUCGUUUCUCUUCGCUGCGGCUUAAUCCACCGCUGCGGCGGAGGCAAACCGCGGCGGCGGCUUUGGAGUUCCACCCAACACCAAGUAUAUCGCCGCCGCCGGUGAGGAUUGAUUCGUUGACUACGUUCGCCGAACGGGCGAGAGAUGGACGUGAUCGGAUCACGCCGCAGAAGUUGGAUGACUGGAUGCGAGAGUCCGUUGGAGAGAUUGUGAGGAACAUUGGAAAAGCCCCUUUUCUGGUGCGGAUUUUCUCCGACGAAUCUGAAUCGAAGCAGAUUAGUUCGACGAUUGAGAAGGAAGACGCGACGGCGGAGAGCUGGUUGGGGAUCAAGAAGCGUUGGGAACAGGAAAGCUCUGUUCCGGAUGGGGUCAUUCUGGUGGAAGAGCUGGAUGCCGAGGAAGAUGAAGAAGGUGAUGAUGUAGCUGCGUCCAAUGAGGAAGGAGGUGACCGUAGCAACGUGAGAUGGGGAGUGGUGAUCCAAGGACGGGGGAUGGAUUGCUCGGCAUGCUAUAUACUGGAUACUUCCAAGGUACGAUCUUCUAUGGGGUUCUGUACGCAUUUCUGCUUGGUGAGAGCUAAAUGUUUUGGAGAUCCGGUGGGAGUACAGCUUAAGAAUGCUUGGCUGCAGUCUGAGAGGUAGAAGAUGAAAGCUUUCAGCUGCUUGUGUUGAAUGACUUGAACCUUUUGAUUCCUUGAUAGAAUCAUUUAUGGAAUUGGGAAUUGUGUAUAGAACAUAGCUUUUGAUUCAAUUUACAUAUUUCAUUUCUGUGAAAUUUGUUUUAAUCAUUUUAUCUUUGUAAUUUGAUGUGGAAGAUAGAUUUGUAUUAUGAUUUACAUUUCACUGAAAUUUCAA